AUGCCCCCCUCGGCCAAGCGCGGCCGCGAGUCCGACGACCUGCGGGAAGGCGACCAGCCACCCGCGGUGCGGCGGCGCGCGGUGGAACUGCUGGCCACGGGCCUCCGCACGCCCGGGGCUGGCGGUGAGGCUGCGGCGCCCGUUGCCGCGGCUGCCGCCGCCGCCGCGGCCAUCGAGCUGAGCCUGCACGGCCUCACCCGCGGCAGGGCCGCGGAGUACCGAGGCCGCGCGCGCAUGCUUCGCAGCAACCUGGCGCACCCGGAGAACGGGCCGCUGCGCGCGCGGGUGCUGUCGGGCGCGCUGGGGCCCGCGGAGCUGUGCGG